UGGCGGGCGGCCGGGUGGCGGCGGCGGCAUGGCGGAGCCGAGCGGGGCCGAGACGAGGCCCCCCAUUCGGGUCACCGUCAAGACCCCCAAGGACAAGGAGGAAAUUGUGAUCAGCGAUCGCGCCUCAGUCAAGGAGUUCAAAGAGGAGAUCUCCCGGAGGUUUAAGGCUCAGCAGGAUCAGCUGGUCCUGAUCUUCGCCGGCAAGAUCCUCAAGGACGGGGACACGCUGAGCCAGCACGGGAUCAAGGACGGGCUCACCGUCCACCUGGUCAUCAAGACCCCGCAGAAGGCUCAGGAUCCAGCUGCUGCCACUGCUUCCUCCCCCUCUACUCCAGAACCUGCCUCAGCACCCUCCACCACGCCUGCUUCACCUGCCACCCCUGCCCAGCCCUCCACCUCUGGCAGUGCCACUUCGGAUGCUGGCAGUGGAAGCCGGAGGAGCAGUGGGGGGGGUCCCUCCCCAGGGGCUGGGGAGGGCCCUCCCAAUGCUACCACAUCCAUACUCUCUGGCUUCGGGGGCAUCCUCGGCCUGGGCAGCCUGGGCCUGGGCUCCGCCAACUUCAUGGAGCUGCAGCAACAGAUGCAGAGGCAACUGAUGUCCAAUCCCGAGAUGCUGUCGCAGAUCAUGGAGAACCCCCUGGUCCAGGACAUGAUGUCUAACCCUGACCUGAUGCGCCACAUGAUCAUGGCCAACCCCCAGAUGCAGCAGCUGAUGGAGCGGAACCCUGAGAUCAGCCACAUGCUCAACAACCCCGAGCUCAUGAGGCAGACGAUGGAGCUUGCUCGAAAUCCAGCCAUGAUGCAGGAGAUGAUGCGGAACCAGGACCGGGCCCUCAGCAACCUGGAGAGCAUCCCUGGAGGGUAUAACGCCCUCCGCCGCAUGUACACUGACAUCCAGGAGCCCAUGUUCAGUGCUGCCCGGGAACAGUUUGGCAACAAUCCCUUCUCUUCCCUGGCCGGGAACUCCGACAGCUCAUCUUCCCAGCCUCUGCGGACUGAGAAUCGAGAGCCCCUCCCUAACCCCUGGAGCCCCUCGCCCCCCACCUCCCAGGCCCCCGGGUCCGGUGGGGAGGGCACCGGAGGAUCGGGGACCAGCCAGGUGCACCCGACAGUCUCGAACCCCUUUGGGAUCAAUGCGGCUAGCCUGGGGUCAGGGAUGUUCAACAGCCCGGAAAUGCAGGCCCUGCUCCAGCAGAUCUCCGAGAACCCCCAGCUGAUGCAGAACGUGAUCUCCGCCCCCUACAUGCGCAGCAUGAUGCAGACGCUUGCCCAGAACCCUGACUUCGCCGCUCAGAUGAUGGUGAACGUGCCGCUCUUCGCGGGGAACCCCCAGCUUCAGGAGCAGCUCCGCCUGCAGCUCCCAGUCUUCCUGCAGCAGAUGCAGAACCCAGAGUCACUCUCCAUCCUUACCAACCCCCGCGCCAUGCAGGCGCUGCUGCAGAUCCAGCAGGGAUUGCAGACCUUGCAGACUGAGGCCCCCGGGCUGAUACCCAGCCUUGGCUCCUUCGGGAUGUCCCGGACCCUUGCACCCUCAGCAAGCAGCAACGCCGGGCCUGCACCCGAGGCCCCCACCUCCUCACCAGCCCCACCAGCCACUUCUCCCACGGGGGCUUCCAGUGCUCAGCAGCAGCUCAUGCAGCAGAUGAUCCAGCUUUUGGCAGGAAGUGGAAACUCACAGGUGCAGACGCCAGAAGUGAGAUUCCAGCAGCAGCUAGAUCAGCUCAACGCCAUGGGCUUCAUCAACCGGGAGGCUAACCUGCAGGCCCUGAUUGCCACAGGAGGGGACAUCAAUGCGGCCAUUGAGAGACUCCUGGGCUCUCAGCUCUCCUAAUCCUGUGGCCGUGCCUCCUGCUUCUCCCUUCCCUGGAUGCCAGCCUCUGGUUCCUGUCAGCUCCUUCCCUCUGCAGCUUGUCAUCCCUGUCUUCUUCCUGUCCUCUCCAGACACAGGGUGGCUUUAGAGGCUUGGACCCCAACCCUGUAGCUCUGCCUGAGAAUUUUGGUUCUACUUCUACUUCUUACAGAAUCUUCUCUCCUGCUCCUGCUUGAGCAGAACUAUUUCACGGUCUUCAUGGUUUUGUUGAUUGACCCCACAACCGCCUUUGCAAUCUGCACACUUCUCAGCGGCAGCACAGAGUUGAAGGAGGAACUGACUCUCUGGUUAUUGGAACCUGGUCUUUCACCUGUACCACUAGGGUUUUGCUCGUCUCAUGUUUACUUUUGGUAACUCUCUUCUUUCUUUCCCCACCCCCUCUCACCUCCAGCCUAACCAGUGCUAGAACUUCAUCCUCUGAAGGAGGGGCAGGUGAAGCAGGCUGAGAUUUUCCUCCUCGCCCCCUGAAGUGCUUUUUUAUGGGGUCUGUUGGGACUUCCAGGGGGAGGAAGAUUCCUGUUCUUCCUGUCUGAAGGAGGAGAUAAGACACAGUCCUCUGAACAAGGAAUUAACCAGCCCGGACCAGCCCCACAGAGACUGGUGCCCAGGAGAAGGGCCUGAGAUUUCUGGUUCAGGCGUGGCAGAGGAGACUUAGAGAUGCUAAUGUAGCUUGAGUUGAAAGGGGCUCAAUGAAGCUAAGGGAGAUGGCUCACAAGGGGCCAUAUUGGCUCCAUUUCCUCAAACACACAUGCUUAUGUAUACACACACACACACACACACACACAUUUCCAUGAACCCAGGACCUGUCUGUGUUCCCAGGUACCAGUGAUUUGAGCCCCUUAAAAGACAUGAAGUGGGUUGGGGUCUGGCUCGGCAGUGGGUGUGUGUGGUGGUGGGAUGCAUAUGGGUUGAGUAGAAGUGGAUUCUUUGCUGAUUUCUGGUUCAGAGCUCCCCCCACCAGAGAAAUAGGCAAAAGGGCUAGUCUAGGGCAGGGAUAUGUACAGCCCAGGGAGCUAGGCCCCUUGGGCCUCUGGAUGCUGGGUAACCCAAGGGUAGUGUGGAUACUCCUUCUACCAGGACUGUGACCAACACCCUUACACCCCUCUCCUGAUUGCUUCAGGGAAUGGUAGAAGGGUCUUUCCAUCUAGAGCCUCUGGCCCCUGCCCUUUGAGUUCUUCAUGGUUUCCCUCCAGGCCAGAAAGUUCUAUUUGAGAAGGAAAGGAGAGGCUGGCAAUGCUGCCUUUGAUCCGGAGUUGGACAUACUAUAUUGGAGCACAGAGGAGGCUCAUAGCACCUCCUCUCUCUGCUACUUAGCCCAGCUGCUUGGAGGGCCCAUGGCUGAGAAUAUGGAGGCAUGAGAACAGAAUUUUCUCCAAGUGGGAAAGGGUCCCAGGCACUCCAGAGAGGGUAUCUGCGUGGCUCCUCUCCAUCCUUCCCUCAGCUCCCACACUGGCCUUUGUAAAUAAAGGGCGUGGUCUUUGUUGUGA